CUCUCCUCGCCUCUCGCUUGCGCUGCUAUCCCUUCUCUCUCUCUCUCCAUCCCUCGCUCUCGCUUGCUGCUGGAGCUCGAAACCCUCGCCAUUUCGGCGCGCGGGGAGGAACCCUAACCCUAGCUAGCUCGCCGGCCCUCCGCCUCCCGCCGCGGGGGGGCCGCGGGCGUCCCGGCCCGGGGAGGGCGCCGCCGAUCUGAUCCGCCGCGCCCGAGCGCCGGGCCGAUCGAGGCUAUGGAAAAAUAAGAGGCAGGUUCCAGGUUGCUUUCUGCUUGAAUUUAGUUUUGUUGGCUGAGGGUUACCCUUCUGUGUCAAUUGUAAUCUCAGUGGAAUCAUCCUCAUCAUCCCGAACCUGACAGAUUAAAGAGCUGCAUGUAGUGUCAUUUGAUACGAAACUUUGGGGGUUUGCAUAUUGCAGACACCUGACGUUUUCACGUGCAUUAGAUCCAUAGUAACACGUUGGGAAUGUCACAGUUUCACCCUACUCAGCAUGGAGGUGAUAAUGAUUAUCAGAUGUGGCAACAACAAAUGAUGUACAAGCAAUUACAGGAGUUUCAGAGACAGCAGCAGGUACAACAGCUUGAUCAUGGAGCCAGAUUGCAACCCUCCUUUGGACAGUUUCAAGCUCCUGCGAAACCAGUUCCUACUGAUCAACUACCAGCAAUGUCAAAUGAAAUGCCAAACAAUGAAUCUACAGCUUAUGCAUGGUCACAUCAAUUACAUGCUAGUAGUGACCCUGGGUUGACAAACAAUUCCCAAAUGUUGAAUCCUAGCAGUAACACAAAUUGGGAGCAAUAUGGUGGUGCUCCUGGUGUAGGCAAUUUUGUAAAUGGUUCAAUGUUUUCAAAUACUCAGAUUCAGUCCAUGAGACCGAUGGGAUUAGCUGCACACCAAAUGAACCCAUCUUUAUAUCAAAUAAAUACUACCAGCAGAGAUGGAUCUGGAAAUCAGCACUCUCAGUUCUUGGGGUUCCCAACUGAUCCACGGAGUGCAAUGACAAGGGCAACAGCACAUCAGUCUGAAAAGGCAUCAAUGCAAUUUAGCUCUUUAAUGAGUGAGCAAGGUUCAUCCAACUCUAUGCAAAAUUUCCUUGGAAAGGUAGGUGAUAAUAUCAAGGUGGGUACCCCUGUUCCAGUAAAUCAUCUACAACAUGGUGUUCAACUCCAAGAUUUUCGUGGUAGGCCAACCCAAGUUGAUUUUCAAGUAGGCCUGCAUGAGAAAUCAACAAUGCAGGUAGAGUCAGGAAAUGGUGGUGCUAGCCUUGACCCUACCGAGGAGAAGUUCCUAUUUGGCAAUGACGAGGAUAGCAACUGGGGAGCUCUUUUGAGGGGUGGCAAUGAUCAUGGCAGCAGCUCUAUGGAUAAUGACAACUUUGGUGGAGCUCUGCCAUCUCUGCAGAGUGGGAGCUGGAGUGCGCUUAUGCAGGAAGCACUACAGUCUACAACCAGUGACAACAGUCCCAAGGAAGAAUGGAGCGGCUUGAGCUUCCAGAAACAAGAACAAAUUAUAGCCAAUAAUUCAAACUUGCAAGGUCAUGACCACAAUAAAUUUACAGCAUUAAGUGGCGCCAAUCUAGAAAAUCAACGACCUUCAUCAGCUUCUAGCUACGGUGAUGGAACAAUGCAUAAUCCAAAUUUUACUGGUUUUCAGCAUGCUGCAAGAACUCCUUAUGAGCAAAGAGACAGAAUGCAGCAUGAUUCUUCUAAUGCUACUGGUUCUAAUCAUCAAUCAACCGCAGAAGUCAACAGUGGAUAUUUUCAUCAGAGCAUGAAACAAAAGCAAUCCGAUGAUUAUGGGAGACAGGAACAAAUGAACACAUCAAAUGGCCUUUGGACACACCAGAAACCUGAAACGCCAAGAAGUAAUUCACACUCAACUGGUGGACAUGCUACACCACCAAGUGCACAUGGAUUUUGGAUGUCACAGCAAAAUAAUAUUGAUCAUAAUAUCAGCAGAGAGUCUGGUAGCAGCCAAAAUGACUGGAAAAGCAAGACCCCCCUUGCACAGGACAUCAACAGUACCCCAAAUGUCUUUAAUAAUGACGGGAACUUUUGGAAGUCAAGUGGAGGCAAUACAAAUUCAGUCCAUAGGCCUCAGCAGAUGAAGCCUGAUAUAAGCACCUUGCAAAUGCCAAAUGACAGAUCUGAUGGUAAAAGCACUAGCAUGAUGGGCUCAAACAUGUCGACGUUAAAUCAAGAACAGUAUCAAGCGAUUAUUGGUCGAACUGGUGAACAUGUUGGACUAAACAAUAAUAUUGGACGUAAAGGUCCAGAGAUCACAGGAUCAUUAGGAAGAAGUGCAGAGCAAAAGUCGAAUGACCACAACCAGGAUUACCUAAAUGUUCUUCCUACUGAAAGGCAAGGACAUAGUUCAAACCAUGGACAGCAUGUGAGCAGUGAUCUUGCUGCCAGGAGGCAUCCUUUCUUUUCUGGAAAAGAAUCCCAAAAUUUGGGUCAAUCAUCUGGUCAGCAAGCAAUGGGAUCAUACAUGUUGCAGAAUCAUGCUAUGGACAACUCAGGAAUGAACAUUAGGCAUUCUCCAGGCAAUUCAGUGUCUAAUCAGUUUCCACCGCAGUCACAUCAGACACAUAAUAACCUGAAGCCUCGAUUCAUUACUAACUCCCAGGCUUCGAGUAAUGUGUCUCCAGUAAAUGAGAAAAUGCUGAUGAGAGAGGAGCAAUUUAAAUCUCGAUACGUACCAAACAGCUCCAGUGCACCACACUUUGGAGGAUCUGAUGCUGGCCUGCCUCAAAAUCGAGCAAUUCAAAACAGUCAACAUAUGCUUCAACUUCUGCAUAAGGUGGACAACUCAACAGACAGCAACACAGCUGCUGAUUUACCAACCAGUUCACCUGAUAAUAUUGCUAAUGUUCAGCAGCAGCUUAAUCAAUCUUCUUUGCAAAAUUUUGGAUUAAGACUUGCUCCACCAUCACAACGACAGUUGACUCCAGGCCAUGUGUGGUCUACUCGCACUGAUGUUGAUGGCAAGCAACCUGAACACUCAACAAAGGGAGAAGACCACACACAGCCUUCCGCUGCUAGCCAGUCUUUGGCUGCUGGGCAUCCAUCUUCACAACCAACACCAUUUAAUUCUUCAGAAAUAGAUGGUACUGGACAGCAAACUGGGCAAUUUCCCCAGUUUGGUUCAGUCCAACAGUACCCUGUCUCUGAUGCAAGAUCUGGUUCUGUAGCCAUGCCUCAGCAAGGCAGCUCUGCAACAGUGUUCAAGAAUGUAUGGACACAAAUAUCAGCACAGCAGCGUCUAGCUGGUAUGCAAUCUAAUAAGAUUACACCCAAUAUUCUCCAAUCCAUGAUGUUUCCAAAUAGCACUGCAGAGUCCAACUUAUGGGGCUCUCAAAAGGCAGACGAUCAAGGACAGAGGGCAUCAACUCCAUCUGAUGUUGCGACAAGCUCAGCCAAUUCACAAAAUCAAGAAACAAAACAAGGUGGGGACAGUGAUGCAGGGUUAGCCUCUUCUGAGAUGGCAAAUUUUGAUUCGACAGGUGCUACUGUAUCAAGAGGGAAUGAAUCCUUGCAGAAGAAUUCGUCAGAUGGGAAUUUUACCAUUCCCGUUUCAUCCUUGGCACGGUUGCACCAACAAGGUAUCAUGAACCCUAAACAAGGGGAGAGCCCUGUAGCAAACUUUCAGGCUAUGAAGGCUUCUCAGAACACUGGUAUUGGGUUAAAUGGAAGCCCAGCACCGUCAAACAUUCAGCAGCAGAAUUACUCUCUACUCCAUCAAAUGAAAGCCAUGAGACAUGCAGAUGUAGAUCCAGCUAAUUUAGCUGGAAAGAUGCUUAAAUCACCUGAAACAGGUUCUGAUGCUUCACAAGUUGACUGGAAAUCUGGUCAGAGAUUUGCACAUGGAGCCAAUAACUCAGUCAGAUCGUCUGUUGACAACACUGGGAAUGCAAAUGCCGCAGGGCCAUUCCCUUCUGACAUGAAAAUGCUAAGCUUUACUCCAAGGAACAAUGAUGAUAGAAGUCCAAGCAUCCCUUCGCAAUUCCCUUCAAGAGAACCACCCUCUCAGGGUAUGGUAGUCACAGCACAAACUGAGCAGCAAACUCAAGUUCAGCCUGCAAAUCCAUCAUCAGAUUUAAUGGAAAGAAGCGAGAGACCCAGGAUAAACCCUCAAAUGGCACCUUCUUGGUUUGAGCGUUAUGGAAAUCACAGAAAUGGUCAGAAUCUUUCCAUGUUCAAUUUGCAGAAGGCACAUGUUCCACCAUAUAAUGUUCCAAAAGCUUCUUGGAGCAUGGACAAUAAUUCUGCUGAGCAAAGAAUCGACUCUGGCCAAACUGUUAGGCCAGGAAAUUACAUCUCAUCAAAAAAGAUGGAAGUUUCAGCUCCUUCCAGUAUAAUGCAAAGGAGGCCAAAGAAGCGCAAGUCUACAGAAUCUGAUCUUGUUUCUUGGCAUAAAAUCAUUGAGCACCCCCAAACUUUGAAAAACAUAAGCACAACUGAGAUGGACUGGGCUUGGGCAGCUAAUAGAUUAAUGGAGAAGGCAGAGGAUGAUGCAGAAAGUCUAGAAGAUGUCCCUAUAAAUUAUAUAUGGCGCAAAAGGUUAAGAUUGACAACAAGAUUGAUUCAGCAGAUUCUUCCUGCUAUACCAGGAGCGGUCCUCAGAGCAAAAGCUGCAUCAGGUUAUGAAAGCGUAACCUACAACAUCGCUAUGUUGACACUAGGAGAUGCAUGCAACAUGGCAUCAUAUAACUCUCACACCCUUGCAGAUCAUGAAAAUACCUCACCUGAACAAACAAACACUAAGAAAAUGGAAGACAAAUUGUCAAAGGUUGUGGAAGUUUUUGCUGGAAGAAUCAAGAAGAUAGAAAAUGACUUUGUGAGCUUGAACAAGAGAGCUUCUAUGCUGGACGUGCAACUUGAGUGCCAAGAUUUGGAAAGAAUUUCCAUUGUAAAUCGUUUAGGAAGAUUCCAUGGCCGGAAUCAUGCAGCGGGAGUUGAGGCCUCAUCGGCUUCAGAAAUGACUCCUCGCAGAAUUUUCCCCGAAAGACAUGUCAUGCCUUUUGCAGUGCCUGGAAAUCUUCCUGAAGGGGUGUACUGUUUGUCACUCUAGUCAAGUGCAUUGAUUCCUCCCAUCUUUUUACAAACUACUCACCCUGUGAUUCCUAGUGCUCCUUGUUAUCAUGCAAAGCCCCUUUCAUAUAGAGCAGCCAAAUCCAGGGGUAGUCGAUAAAAAUCGAAACCAUCACACACCACAGGUGAUGGAGAUGCCAAGGGAUGCGUCCAGCCGAUCAACCCAGUGCUGGCUGCCGUUGUUUCUCCCUUGUAUCAAGUAUAGGUCCUGUAUAUUGUGGAAAGCAAGUUGAAACUACGGAUCUCGCAUCAUUUUUCUGAUGAAGGAAGAGUAUUAGCUUCAUACUUUGUUAGAGAGCUCAGUGCUUGCUAGCUUAGUACAUCUGGCGAACUAUGUAGCUAUUUGUCAUCUUUUUAUCCAUGAUGAUGAAGUGUUGGCAGGUUAGAGGGGGGAAUAAUAAUGGGAACCUUCCUCUGGGUUCUUUUGUUCGUUUAGGAUGGGAUGCAAAUUGGCUAGUGUGUCCAGUCUAACUGACCAGUGUUAGUCAGCAGUUAAUUACUAGUGUUAUGUAGUAGUUCCGAAAGCAUUCUUGGAACAAGUGGCGUGUAAGGGAGCUUGGAAACUCUUGUAAUUUCAAUCCCCGUAAUGUCCAAAUUCCAAUGGGUUCUUGUAAAUUUAAAAUGCAAAUAUAACUUGAGGUAAGAUUGCACUCGUGCUUCAUGU